GGUGGACACUGGCCUCAUCCUCCCCACCCACUUUAGUCCAGGGCUGUCCUGGGGGUGAGACUCCCUGCCCUCUGAGCUGCAGCCCCUGGGAGCUCCUGUGUGACCGCUGAGCAUGGUGGGGAGGUACUCCCGCGGGCACCAGGGGGCGUGGGAGUGUCCUGAGCCCCCGCCCACGGCACCCCUCUCCUCCUCCAGGCCCCCGGCCCACCCACCUUAUUUCUGUCCUGUCGCACCCACUAUGCCAGCCACCGGCCAGGGCAGGGAGGCCGCUGGCCAGCCCGGACCAAUCUGGGGACCAGGACUCAGUCCCCAGAUUGUGUCUGGGGACCAGUCACAGAAAGGGGGCUGUGUGGGAAGGUGGGUCACGGGCCUGGCUCCGAUGCCCAGCCCCUCCCUCGCUGGCCAGCAAGCCACGGAGCGCCACCUCCUGUGCUGUUAUGGGGUUUUGUCCUUUUCUUACGGACUUAACACUCGGUUGAGCACUGCAGACGUUUCCCCUGGUCUGUUUGUCUUUGAAGCUUAUUUAUUUACUUCCUGGAUAAAGAGACAAAUUUGCAUGCGGUAAAAUCCAGUAUUUCUAUCUAGCAUUCCAAGGUCCCCAUUCUGAAGUUGUUUUCAUCCCAAGACGUAAAAGCUAGUUAGGCUUUCUCCUAGAAUAAAGCAAGCUUUGAAGGAGUAGAAGGAGGAGAACAGGUCUUGAAUUUGAUCCCGUUUCCCAGAUCCAUCCUGAGAGGGUUCACGGACCCUCAGCCUUCACCUUGUCCCCUUCAUUCUCAGCUCUGGGUCCAGAGGCCCUUGAAGGUGCCUAUGGCUCCCUGGCGACCCAGGGCUGAGGGACCCCUGGGCAUGGGGCCGGGUGAGCAGGUGGGAGCCCUGGGGGGCUGGCCUGGCAGGGAGGCCCACGGAAGGAGCCCUAGACUCCCUGCACCAGCUGGGCCCCAGGGAAAGUCCGGUUCUUUCUGAGAACUGAAGCUUAAGCUCUCCCGACUUGGGCUGUAGGGCGUGGCCUUGCACCUGAGCCAGGUCAGCUCCCGUGGGAGUCAAGUUCAUACUCUGCACGUACCGCACCCUGCCCAGUGUCUGUGCCCAGGGGCUGAGGGUUGGCUUCCCUCCACCUGGACCGCCACCUGCCCACCGCCAUUGCAUGGGCCCCAGCCAGCAUGCUGUCCCCGCCAGGUGGCACGCAGAGGUGCUUCCAGGCCAUUCUCCUUCUGGCCCUGAUCGUGUUCCUGCUGGCUGGCUUCCUGCACAGGGACAUCAGGCUGUUCGCACCCCUGCUCGGGGGCCAGGCCGAGGGGCCACCCAUUAUCAACGUCAUGUUCCUCAAGACGCACAAGACCGCCAGCAGCACGGUGCUCAACAUCCUCUUCCGCUUUGCGGAGACGCACAACCUGUCGGUGGCGCUACCCGCCGGCUCUCGCUUUCACCUGGGCUACCCCUGGCUCUUCCUGGCGCGCUACGUGGAGGGCCUGGAGCCCCCCGGCCCGCGGCGGCAUUUCAACAUCAUGUGCAACCACCUGAGGUUCAACCUGCCGGAGGUGCAGAAGGUCAUGCCCAACGACACUUUCUACUUCUCCAUCCUCAGAAACCCCGUCUUCCAGCUGGAGUCCGCCUUCGCCUACUACAGGAAAGACGUGCCCGCCUUCCGGGCGGCGGGCAGCCUGGACGCCUUCCUGGCCGCCCCGCGCACCUACUACCACCGCGGCGCGGGCCUGCGCAACGCCCCCGCCCGGAACGGCAUGUGGUUCGACCUGGGCUUCGACAACGACGCGCCGGCCGACGAGGCGUACGUGCGCGCGCGCCUCGCCGACGUGCAGCGGCGCUUCCAGCUGGUGCUCAUCGCCGAGCACUUGGACGAGUCCCUGGUGCUGCUGCGCCACCUGCUGCGCUGGCGGCUGGACGACGUGGUGGCCUUCCCGCUCAACUCGCGCAGCCCGCGCAGCGUCGCCGGCCUGUCGCCCGAGGCCCGCGCGCGCGCCCGGCGCUGGUGCGCCCUCGACUGGCGCCUCUACGAGCACUUCAACCGCACCCUGUGGGCCCGCGUGCGCGCCGAGCUGGGCCCGCGGCGCCUGCGCUCCGAGGUGGCCCGGCUGCGGGCGCGGCGGCGGGAGCUGGCGGCGCGGUGCCUGCAGGACGGCGAGGCCAAGAACCGGUCGCAGAUCACCGACCGCCGGCUGCGCCCCUACCAGUCGGGCGUGGCCGACAUCAUGGGCUACAACCUCCGGCGGGACCUGGACAACCAGACGCGGCAGAUGUGCCGGAGGAUGGUGACGCCCGAGCUCCAGUACAUGGCCCACCUGUACGCCCGCCAGUUCCCGGGGAAGCCCCCCAAGAACAUCCCCUUCCUGGAGGACUAGAGGGACGGGGUCGGGCCCCCCGUGUGACUGCAGCCCCCUACUGUCAUGGCGGGGAGGCCGUGGCACCAGUUCAUGCGGGGGUGGGGCGGGGGGGGGGGGGGAGCUCCCGCAGCAGCCCCUCUUUAGGGUGAAGACCCCUGUGAAGGCACCCACCCGGGAUCCAUUCUCUUGGAGGGGCCUUUUCGGUGAGGGCCCCGAUCUCGGACAGUAGGGACACCUGGUCUGAUGGCAUGAACCUGUUCAACAGAAUACGCUCGCAUGUUUAAUUAGACGUCAGUACACCGCCCCACGAAGGAACACACACGGACACGCGGCCCAUCAGAGCGCAUGCCAGCACGGCCGGGGGAAGGAACCACUGGACACGUGAACCAUCAGAACUGGAACUCAGAGAACCCAGAGGGGCUUGGGCAGCAGGGCCAUGGGUCCCUGAGGGAGCCCAGAGUGGCUCCCUGAACUUGCCGGUCACAGAGACACUUGUGCCACACCCACAGGCGGCACUUGGAUAACAGGCCCAGGAAACUGGUAUGAGGCAGCGAGUCUGGAAUGUUCAGCUUCCCAUCUCUUUGGCUGUAUGAGGUUUCUUUCCAGCUGAAGAAUGGCUUCAGGUUGAGAAAUGUUCAAACUGUGUAUAAGACGCAUGGUUUGGCCGGAGCACAAGGUGGGGGUUAGUCCUGCAGCUCCCUGUUGGGACAGCCCCCCGGAGUGUCUGCCGGAGGAGCCCCCGCGGCUGGCGGCACCCUCCCUUGUGCCGGAGACCCCCUCGGGUGCAGCGCCAGAGGGGGGCGGCUUCCAGGCACCCCUGUUUGCCACCCGUGGGGAGGGACUGAGGACCCCCUGCCUAGCAGGACAGGAUCUCUGGCUGCCCCGGGGCCCAGUGCUUAGGGCGGGGUGCACACUGGAACCGGAUGCCCCUUGUCCCGAGAGAAGCGGGGUGCCUGGGGCAGCCAAGAACCAGAACUGCUCUCACACGCUCAGCCGGGAGGCUCAGCCUGGCCUGUCUGCCGGGUGCCCGGGGUCUUCUUCCUUCCACGCCAGGGUCCUCGGCCCGAAGUCCCCAGUUGCCUGGCCGGGAGGGGGUGGGGGGCACCUGUGGAGGGGGCGUGGCCGCACUUUUC